AUGAAAAGUGGACUCACACCUUCCUCGCACACUACCACACCCGACAGAAUACCAAACCAUACAACCCCAACCAGAUCAAACGAUACCAGAGCUGAGCCCGCCAGAGAGUCCCCACUCCGAGAAGAUCCUAGACCCAGCCUCGGAUAUGAUUCAGAACCUGUAAUUCAACAAAAAAUAGAACUAACAAAACAUCCUGAAAAUACUGAAAUAGAAUCAAAGCGACUAUUAAGCAAACAGAAUUCGCACGAACCGAAAAAUGGAAAGUCAUUACAUUCGUCAAAAGAUUCAAUACCGCUUGAAGCUGAACACCCUUUAAAUAUACAAGUUACAGAAGUACAUCCUAAAGCAGAGUAUAACACUGAUGUUGUUGAAGAAACAAGUAUAAAUUACCCAGAAGAAAAUCUAAGCGCAAAUAUUGUUGAGGAAACAAAUUAUGAUCAAUUAGGACACAGUGCAAAUGUUGAAGAAACAAAUAAGGAUCAACCCCAAGAAUCAGAAGAGAAAGACGAAAACCCCGCACAAAAUUACGAGCAAGGUUAUCAAAAUUAUGAUCAAAAUUAUCAAAACCAACCAGGUACAGAAUAUCAAGGAUAUGACCAACAGUAUUCACAACAAUAUGAAAAUUACGAACAAUACCCACAACAAUAUAACGAUCCCAAUGCACAAUACGACAAUCAAUUUGAUUAUGGUAACGAAGCUAAUUACCAACAGAAUUAUGAUCAGCAAUAUAACCCACAGAAUGAACAAAAUGAAGUACAAGAAAAUGUUGAAAAGACACCACCGUCCAAUGAAAAUGAAGGCCAAAGUGGAGAAAGCUAG